AUGGGGCGAUCUAGAAAACCGGUCUGUGAAGACGAUAUAGUACCAGCUCGGGUCACUGUGAAGCAGACAUCUAGGGGCUAUGUUGUGCAAUCCAGACCCGUGUAUAGGACUCCACGCAGGAAGGGUGCCCGAAGGCUCUCUGUGAAAGGAUCGAGCUCGGGUCCCCCGCGCAAGAAGGUGAAGCUUCCUCGGCUCUCCCCCCAUGGGACAGGAGGCUCCAAUCUGGUAGACCCAACCCUUGGGCAAAGGACGCCCCCACGUAUCUCCCCACCCUCCUUUGCAUCUUCAGGAAAGAAGAAAACUGCUUCCCAACACGACUUCAUGGCUGAUUGGAUUCCUUACAAAGGACAAUUCCUGAGUGCCCUUUUGGAACGAGAAAGGAAGAGUAACAUGGAGGGCGAUGAUGUUGACGACGAAGACUACUGGACGGAUGAAGACGACGACCUCGACGAUAAGGAAGGCGAACCCGGGGAACCGAGGCCAUGGUUGAACGAGGAAGAUUUUUCAUUCGGCGCCAAACCUCAUGGAAGGCAGAUUGUGGAUGACCGUGUAGUGAUCGUGAUGCAUACCAAUGGGGUACAUCAUGUUCUUUUCCAUGUAUGCGGCUGCCCUGGACACUCAUCGGAAACCCGCCAAUUCCUGGACAUGCGGUUGUACCCGGCGUCGGUAAAGACCGUCCGAACUGUGGCGACCUUCGAGCUGCUGGACGACUAUCACAUGAACCAGGUAGAGUGUCAUAGCUCUACCUAUCAUUAUUUCGCAAAGCUUCGGAGAGUCACCAACAAGGCGUUCCCUCAAACUGUCCCUAACCGAUAUCGCGAGCUUGCGCGGAUGGGGAGGCAGUGGAUCCAUUUGAAGAAUCUGAAAUGGUUUGGCUUUGGGCAUGGGGACCAGGUCCCCGCGGAUGGUGACCUCGCGCUUUUUUGCUCAGCAUGUCCUCAGAAAGGGGUGAACGUCCCCGAGGAGGAAUGGGAUGAACUUCCCGACAGCCUCAAGCUUCGCAGCUUUGUCGCUGACGGGAAUUUCUCUUGCGUUCAUCAAAGGCAACGAGCGGCGAACAAGGACGUGUGGAUCACCUCUGGGACCGGAUUCAUGACGGAGCGAACGGCCUAUGCCGCACACAUCAAAUCAGCGACCGAGGACAAACAGACGUCAACAUGUCACGAGCAUCGCGCCAUUGCUGACAAGUGGAAAGCGUUGAAGGGAUGUGAUGUUACGGGUAUUGGAGCGAUUGCUUGCAUGAGGCAUGGUUGCUUUGUGCCGGGGGCGAUGGUUGAUUUUCAAAAGGGUGAACGUCAGAUCAACAUGGAUUAUGCCUGGUUGAAAGCUUUGAAAAUGGCUCGCCUGGAUGGGGUCCGUUGGGUCCUCCUUGUCUACGACAUCAACUGCCAGUAUUGCAUUAAUUUCUUGACUCGUAUCAAGCAGUACCGGAAACCUGACCUUCAGCUCCCGCCGGGGUUGGUGAUCGUGAAUGCUAUUGGGCUUUGGCACGUUCAUGGCCAUCGACCUGAAUGCUACGCGAGGUUCGCCCCGUCAUUUGUUUCUGGCGCCGGAACGAAGAGUGGGGAAAUUUUGGAGCCGUUAUGGGUCCCCAUGAACAAGCUUGCAGGUCCGACUAGGACCAUGUCGAGUUCCCAUCGAGCAGAGACUCUCGACGCUGGAGCCUCGGAUAGCAACUGGAAGAAGAUGACCGGCAUUGUAUCCUCCAUUUGCAGAGAUCUACCCAAGGCCAAGGAGCAAGCAGAGGAGGCGUUGGAAAGGUAUACCGCAAUCUCCUCGGCAGUUACGAAGACUCAGAUGGCUCAAUGGGGGGCCGAACUCGACGAUGCUAAAGCUAAACGACUGAAGGACUUCAAGGCGAUGGAUAUAUUGAAUUCCAAAUUGGAUAAGGUUCCUAAACGCGCGGCAGUAGAAGCGGACUUGAUGGAUAAAGAGCGUGUGUCGGGGGAAGGGUUGGGCGUGACGAGUUGGAUUUCAUCUGGGAUAGACAUCCAGGAAAAACAAACCGAAGUUAAACGCCUGGUGCGAAAAUUCAGAAAUCAUACAACCCCCAAGCAGAAACUGGAAAUUGCGAGGCGCCGUCAAGACCUAACUACAUCAAUAGAGACCUUCCACAAGGAUGCGGAAAGUCUCUUUCCAGGGAUCGAUCUGACUUCGUUUUCCUUGUCCACGAACACGGUCUCACUUUCCAUAGAGGUCCCUGGUGGCGAUGGUGAGGUAGACGCAGGGUCUGACGAUGAAAUGGAUCGCGAUCCGGACGCCAGCUCCGAAUACCAGGACGAAGUAUCUGACACAAACCCUGAAGAGGUCCCUAUUCCCCUACCAUCCGCGGUGCAUGACUGGCCCAAAUCUCUUUCCGCGGUGAGGAGAAAGGAACGGUCAAUGCGCGUUGCUCAGGCUAACAGCAAACUGGAGUCGAUUCGUGAUACAAUAGGUCGCCUAUCGUACCUCUAUCGGUCUCUGGUACGCGGUGCUAAAACGAAGAAGUCCAAGACGAGAUCCUACGGCAUCGUCAAGGGCUCUCGAGACGAACUCCGCCUCCAUGUCAAUCACUACGAGCAGGCUAGGUGGGCCCUUGGUCGUCUAGGCACCUCCUCGGACACCCUGCUGAAGUAUCGUCCGAUCCGCCCUGAGGAUUUGAAGAUCAGUACAGCGAUCGCAGACCCUAAUGCACGAGGGCAAAGUUCCACCCACCUAUCAUGGAUCUGGGGCGUUCCAACUGGCAACCUUGCUGAUAGGACGCUCUACUUGGAUGAACUAUAUCGUGUCAACUGGAUGAGAUCGCGCGAGAAAUACCUUCGCCGGGAGGAGGAGUUUCAGUUUCUCCUCCGCGAAGCGGGAUGGGUACCGCGCUUCUUUGAUUUCAAAGCUUCAGAGUGGGAUACAAGGCGAACUCAAGUGUCUGGGUCAGGUCAUAUGGCAUAUGCAUCACGCCAAGCGGAGUUGUGGAGGAAUCUCGGCAGAUAUGCACGAGAACGAUUCACAACGAAGCUCAAGGACCUGGAAGAAGCCACCGAGCGCGCGAUCGCCAUGACCGUGGGUGGUGAGAGUCGAAGCGGUACUCCCGCAUCAGCCACCGAAUCUUCUGGGUCUUCUCAACGAUGCUCUAUGGGUCCGUCAAGUACCUCCGGAUCCGACGGAUUCAGCUCCUCUAGUGAUUAG